UAUUGUUGAGUUUGAGAGUUUUUAUAUUCUCUGUAAAUCACUCUGUAAAGAGAGUGAUUUUUAUCAUAUAUAGGCCUUGCAAUAAUUUUUCCCAGAUUAUAGCUUGUCUUUCAAAACUUUCGUCCAUUUUUAUUAGUUUUUAAGUUUUUGUUUGUUUUUCCCUUUAACCCUCUUUAUUCCCCAGUAUGUCCUAGCUGGAGACAGAAUUAUUUGGUUGCCCUAUUUAUAGUGCACUGACUAUGUGUAAAGUUCUAAUAUAAAACCUAUGAUCCAGAAAUAAACUAAACAGACUCACUGCCUUUGUUUGACUUAAUCUUCAUGGGAAGAAAAAGAUAGUAAGUAGAGCAAAGAACUUGUAACCUCUCAUACAGAAAUAACUGCUGUGUUCAGUGGUAAGGCAGAGAGAGAGAGGGAGAGAAAGAGUUUGAGUACGAGUCUCUAUUCAUUUUUAAGUCUUUUUCUGUGUGUUUUUUUUUGUUCGUGUGUGUGUGUUUGUUUAUGUACACGUGCUGCCAGGAUGGGAUGGAUCACCUCCUUCUGGGGUGUGGUUAAGGCUCCUAUGCCUUGGAGAAUUUCCUUCAGAUGUAUUUUUUGGGGACCUUAUUCAUGUGUAUCAAUCAGUAAGGCUUCACUAGAAAAACAAAACUAAUGGAAUAUAUACUGUGUAGAAGAGCUUUAUUUAGGAAAACACCCACAUGGUUAUGAGGCUAAGAAGCACCACAGUCUGCCAUCUGCAAGCUGGAGAAGCAGAAAAACCAGAGGUAUAAUUCAGUCCAAAACUAUCUGAGUCUACAGGAGGGAAAAGAUGGAUGUCCCAGCUCAGGAAGAAAGAGUGGAUUCCAUUUUUUAAGUUUCUAUGAUUAUUCAUUGCUAGUGUUUAUAACUCAUUUUUUAUGUUGAACUUAAAACUGUGGCUUGCCUAUCUCAUUUAUUAGUUCUGGUAGCUUUUUUGGAGGUUGAAUUGAAUGUCAGGCUUGGGGUAGUUAAAGAAUCACCUUCACACAAAAAUUUAUAGAUUUUACUGUCACACUGACUAUGAUGUGAAAAUCUAGUUAAAUGUGAGAUCGUCAAAUAGAAACAUCUGGUUGGUGUUUCUAAAUGCAAAAAGAAAUCAAUAGGUUUCUGAGUCAUAUAGCUAGAGGUGAUAAUUGGAUUUUUUGAGUCAAUUCUCCAAGAGAAGAAAAUGUAGAGAAAAUAACAAGUAGCAAUUUUGUAGAAAAGUCAAUUCAAAUGAGGAUAUGCAUAUACUGGAAUAUUUCAAGGAGUGCUGUGGCACACAGAUAGUUUCAAGGAAAUAAAUUUGCAAAUCCCCUAAUGUUACAUGAACUCUUUCCUAAAACUCAUCUGCUUGCAAUUACCCCCGUCUACUUGUUCUCCUUCCCCAAUUUCUCUUUUACAAUUGCCCUUUUCCCAUUCUACAGUAGAAGAGCAUACCUCUCAUCUGUGCAUCCAUCCUUCCAUCCAUCUAUCCAGAAUUGUACUCUUGUGCAUUUCCUACAGGUGUAAAUGUUACCAAACCAGGUUCAUCUGCCUGAUGGACAGCAAGGUUUGAAGCAGAGAAAGGGUUUAUUCAUGAGGCCGCCAAGCAAGAAGACAGGAGAACAAGUCUCAGAUCAGCUUCCCCAAAGGAGUACAUGGACCAAAACAUCUGAAUUAGAGGACCUAAAGGAACAGAAAAGGACCAGAAAAAGUCAUGGUCAAGGAAAAGAACCAGAAGAGAAGACCAAAGAGACUCCUGUCCAGGAGGACUGCCCACAGCCUUUACUGUGCUGAGUGCCUGCAAGUCUCCAGGAGACAGACAGAGGAAAAGACAAGCAGAGACGCCAUGAGACAAUGGAAUGGAGGUGGAUGUGGUGCAAAGUGAUGCAGGGAUCACCAGGGAUCAACAGGAAGCACCAGAAGCCAGAAGAGAGACCUGGAUGGAUUCUCCCCUGCAGCAUCCAGAACUGCCCCUGCCCACACCUUGAUUUUGGACUUCUGGCCUCCACAAUGUGAGAGAAUAAAUUUCUAAUGUUUUUUAAAAAUAAAAAGUUUUAAAUAAAAAAUGUUAAAAAGUGAAGGCUGCAAAUAUCGCUUAAAUAAAAAACCACCGAGACUGUAUGUGUUGUUUUCUGAUACAGUUAGAGAAUUAUUACUGGAUGAAGAUGAAGGGCUGGACUUCCUUAUUUAGAAACUCUUGCAGUUUAUCUUAAUUCUGGUGCAUCUGAUAAGCACUUCCUUUAGAGCCAGGAAGCUUUGCAACUGUGAAAUAAUCUGAAAAGAGGGAGUAAAGAAGGAAGUAACUGACCUCCAUAAAAAGAGGAACAAGUUCUAAACCAAAGUGGGUAACCAAAAGAACAAGAGAGAGCUCAGCAUAUCAAUCUCAAGGUGUUCUGCUAUUCUCUAGGAGUAUAUAGAGGAAAAGACCUGAUCCCUUUUCACUGUUUAACCAACAGAACCUGGAUGGCAGAUUGUUCAACCUUCCCUUUCUUGAUUUUUCUACUCUGCUGCUCUCGUCCACUCAUUUGUGCUUCAUUUUGUGAUUCGUUGAUAAAAAGGACGUGGAAUUGAAUAAAAUCUCCUCUGACACAGUGCAGUUAUACAGAAAUAAUUAUAUAAUCAUCAGAUACAAAAAGAACGAUCUUCUAAAACGAAGUUUACUCAAUCUCUCCUCUAAUUACAUCAGGGCUUUGCCUGAUGAUGUUCUUUCAGAUCUGCAACAGAAAUGCUUAAACAAGCUUCUGAAAUUACUUUUGAACCAUACCGUAUGAAGAGUUACUGUGGUCUGUAUCUGUGACUUCGUUAAGGGCGGCACCAUUCUACUAAACAACGCUGUUUGAGCAGAAAUGCUGAAAAGCUGUGGAAAUCAUUCAGUGGGCAUUUCUAUAGGAAUUUCCCUCCUUUUGCUGUUGGCGAUCUGUGGAAUUGGGUGUGUUUGGCACUGGAAACACUGUAACACAAUGCGAUUUACCCUACCAAAGAUUUUGCAAAGGAGAAAAAGCAAGAGAAAAGACUGUACUGAAACACUGUCCCAGGUUAUCAGGCAUAGAAUAUCAGUUCAAACUCAAGAUCACAGUUUUUCUGGGAAGGACACUAACAUAUGUGACAACUAUGAAAAUCUGGAAGUGGGUCCUCCUGAAAUUAAAGAAAAAGCUGAUAAGGAACUAUAUGAGAACACUUGCCAGACCAAUUUCGAGGAGCAUAUCUAUGGAAAUGAGAAACCGUGUGACUAUUAUAACUUCCAGGAUCCUAGUACUUUUGAAGUAUCUCAAGAUGAAGACAUAUAUAUUCUUCCAGAUUCAUGUUAACUUUUCAAAAUGUAUAUUUAAUUAUUUGAGGAUAAAUAUUCACUGGGACUUUUAUUGUCCUGAUAUCGUUAUUAAUCAAGUUCUUCUGAUGAAAAUUAAUGGUCUAUUUUCUAUCUCUACCCUUCUGAAUCCUCUCUGUAUCAUUGUGGAUUAAUUCUAGGAUCUCCUCGCCACCCUCUCUGAUGUGGAUUCAUUCUGCAUUAUGUUACAUUAAUUCUUCCUUCUGAAUGUUACUUGUUAUCUUUUUCUUCUUCUAUCUCCACCAUCCUUUCUGGCUCAGGAUAGUUGUCAGUCAGUUAACCAGCUUUUUCUGGCUCUAGUUUCUAAUGUAGAUGAUGAUGGUGAUGCUGCAUCAGUCCCCACGAUGCUGCCAGAUUUACCUUCUGAAAAUAUUCCCAAUGGCCACAUCACUCCUUUGCAUAAAACCACUUAAUGUCUCCUCUUCGUAAAAGACAUAAUACUCAUGAUAUUAACUCCAGAAUUCUUGAUUUUCCACUCCUUGUUCAAGUUACUUUUCCAUUGACUUCUAAUAACCCUUCACUUCUCUGUUUUCAUUAGAAUCAUCUCAAAACCUGCCAACCUCAUCCCUCCUCCACAGCUUUGUUUGUCUGCCCACCCCCCAUGUUAAGCAUGCCUCAGAUCAUAACUUCUUCCCCAGGUCUUUUGAAUCAUUCCAAACAUACAUUUACCUUUUUCUUUUUCUGAUGUCCUAUAGAUUUUGUGCCUGUUCAGCUCUUUGGGCAUUUAAAAAUAUUUCCAGGAGUUCCUGUCAUGGCUCAAUAGUUAAUGAAUCCGACUAGAAACCAUGAGGUUGCGGAUUUGAUCCCUGGCCUCACUCAGUGGGUUAACCAUUUGGCGUUGCCAUGAGCUGGGUGUAGGUCCAGAUGUGGCUCGGAUCCCGCGUUGCUGUGGCUCUGGCUUGGGCCAGAGGCUACAGCUCCGAUUGGACCUCUAGCCUGGGAACCUCCAUAUGCUGUGGGUAUGGCCCUAGAAAAGAUGAAAAAAGACAAAAAAAAUGUUUUCAAUGACAUUUUAUUAUUUAAAGUCAUAUAAGAAUGUCUUAAAUUCCCUACUAAAUAGUAAGGAACUGCCUCAUAUUCAUAUUUUAGUCCCAGUGCUUCAUCAUACGAGGCACUCAGUGUUGUUCAAUUGACAAAAAAAAAAAAAAAAAAAUUGUACAUUUUGCUAAGCAGUUUUCAAAAAAAUCUAAUAAAUGUGUCCAUCCAAGGAAUAUUUACUGAGUACCUUCUAUCUACUUUAUUACCAUGCUGUGCACAUGAGGGGGUAAAAUAGUGAAAAGAAAGACCUGAGACCUAAAUAUGUACUGUUUAGUAGAAAAAGACAAUAACCAAACAUAAAUACUAUAAAUAACAAACAUAAAUACAACACUAUUUAUUUAGCUAUGGUAUAUCUAAACCCACCCUUGGAAAUGCUGCUCUAAAUUACUUAGGCUAGAAUGCUACAAAAUACAUUUUUCCUUUGCCAGGUGGAUCCAUGUUAGGGGCUGUCAGUAGGAGGCGGUGAGGAAGACUGGGCAGCAGUAGGCAACAAAAGGGAUUUGCUCCUUCUUACUCUCCUUGUUGUCCUGAGAAGAUACUCUUGUCAUUUAAUUUACUCCAGUAUCAUUGGUUGAUUACAGUUUAUAGUUUCUGCCAGCACUCUCAGAAUCAGCUUCUUUGCACCUUGUCAGACAUGCCAGCACCAACCCGGCAGCACUUUCCCCUUAAUACCUGGGAACAAACUCCUCAGGGACCUGCAGGAAACAAAUAGCACCCUCAAGCUCUGGUUCCCAGCCCUACAGGGCAGUUCCUUCUAGUUUCUGAUGAUCCCCAACCUUAGGUAUGGUGGCUAUUUCCUGCAUUUCCUAUCUCUGUGGUACCUCAGUGACCUCUUUUUGUCUUUUCAAUCUACCAAUACUUUUUUUUUUUUUAACCAAUGCUGUAUACUCAAUUAUCCCUCUUACAAAUGGGUAUUGUUUUCUGUUUCCCCAAGUGGACCCCAGUGAUACAAAUAAAAGCAAAGUAAGUGCUUUGAAGAAAGGAAGAUCUGUUUUGAGAACAAUGGAGUUGGGUACGGAAGAGGAUUUGAUUUUUAAUAAGAUGGCCAAAGGAGGCCUCUCUGAGGACAUAGUGGAGACCUGAGGUUGAAAGGGGUUAUCCGUGUAAAUGUGGUGAUGGACAGGAGUGGGACCAGCGUAAGUAAAGAAUCUGAGACAUGAAAGAACUUAUGGUGCUCCAGGAACUUAAAGAAAGCUGUGGUGGCUGGAGACUAGUGAGGGAGGGCUGAAGUGACACUAAUGUAUUGGUAAAGAAGGGAACAGUAGACAAUGCAGCUUUUUGCAGGUCUUGGUGUAUGACUGAGACUCUGAUAUGGAUGUGAAUGGUUUUAAGUAGAGGAGUGACAUAAUAACACAUUUUUUAAAGAGUUGCUGGGUUGAGAAAUGACUGGAAAGGGUCAAGAUGGAAAUGGGUAGGACAGUAAAGAGUACUGUUCAAUAACUUACUACUCAUUAAUGAAAAUUCACAAAGCAUGACGAGGUUUGAAAUGACUUCUGUUCGCCUUCUAGACAAAAAAAGGAUUUAUGUUGAUCUCAGCUUCCAGACUGGUCCUGGAGCAGUUGGUCAUUUUGAGGUCUCAAACAGGAAGCUUUUUUCUAGAAUAAUCAAUAACCAUGCCUACUUAGGACUCAGUCAUAGAAGCUGAAAAUAACCUGAGAGUAUCUUUGUCUUGGUAGGAUCCUGGGAAUCAUGCUGGAAUGAGUAGGGGAGUUAAUCCAACACAGCUGAAGUGAUAUUAUCUAAGGGGAGUGUGAGACUCACCAUCAGGGUGACAAGCCACAGGUGGGUCCUGGAGAAGAGCCACCUCUUUAAAUGUUUGGUCUGAGCAGCAGCUGGGAAGUGGUAACGCAAGGUUUUCAGUGGCUAAGCAAGGGCUUAUUUGCUGUGGAGAUCAACUGUAGUUUGGGGCGUAUUACUUUACCUUGUUACUGGGGUAAAUUAUCACUGUCUUCAUGUUGAAGUUUAAGUCAGAUUGAAGUGAAAUGUUGCAAGUUGCAGGCUGAAGGCAACGUCAGGAGCCAAGUGCUCCAUGCUGCUGGAUGCUGGCCAUGAAGUCCUACAGAGACUAGCUAUAGGAUGCGAACAUGCCAGACAUUUCUGUGAGUACAAGGCAUUAUAUUUGAUGCUACUCUAUCUUUUUUACCAACUCCUCAACAUCCUUCCUCUUUUAAUUGUGGUACAUGUGGUUACUUUUGCCAAUAAUACAACAGAAAGACAAACUGCUACUCUCAAUUGACAUAAACUUUGUUCUCCUUAUCUCUCAAGGACGAUUUACACUUUUGAGAUUUUAAGAAAGAGAAAUAUUGAAUCAAAGGAUGCAGAUAGGAGGUAGAAAUUUCAAAGGGGAAGUGG